GUCAAGAAAUUUUAAACCGAUAGUAAUGAAAGAGUUUUUUCAUCUUCAAUUUGUUAGGACUUGUUGAAUCUAGAAAAAGCUGAAUACACAAAAACCACCCGAAUGGAUGAACAGAGUACCCAAUGCCCGCUCGAUGAUUUAUUUAAUCGAUUCUCUGUAUUCGAUUGGAAUACCUCAUCGCUAUUGAAAACGUCAUUAAUAUACGUAUGAACGAGUUAGAAAUCUAGCAGAAGUUAACACAUAAUUUCAAUCUCUACAGGAAAAUCCUUCAAUCUCUUAAAUCAAAUAUGGCCCCAUCCAAAGUUAUAUUAUUGGCCUGCGGAUCAUUUAAUCCCCCAACAAACAUGCACUUGAGGAUGUUUGAAAUUGCUCGAGAUCAUCUGCAUCGAAUGGGCACAUACGUAGUUGUCGGAGGAAUCAUAUCUCCAGUUCACGACGCUUAUGGCAAAAAAGAGUUGGAGUCUUCGACUCACAGGCUGGGUAUGGUUCGAGCUGCUUUGCAGAACCACGACUGGGUGAAAUUGUCCGAUUGGGAAUCAAAACAAGAAACUUGGACCCGGACCAAGCACGUUCUGCAGCAUCACCAGAAUCAGCUGAAUGCAGUACUUAAUCAAACCAGUUUUACAAACAAUUAUAAUAUGAACGAAGCUGACGAAGAUUGGAUACCGGAAAAUGUGAAAAAUGGAAAUAAUGAUCCGGUUAAAAUAAAACUGUUAUGCGGGGCAGAUUUGCUAGAAUCUUUUGCAGUGCCUGGAUUGUGGGCAGAUGAAGACAUUUCAGAGAUAGUUGGACAAUACGGACUGGUAGUUAUAACAAGAUCCAACACAAACCCUGUAGAGUUCAUCUACAAUUCUGAUGUGCUCACAAAAUACAUGGCUAACAUAAUCAUUGUGACGGAGUGGAUAAGAAAUGAAGUUAGCUCCACAAAAAUCCGGACAGCUCUCCGCAGGUCAGAAUCAGUUAGGUACCUCCUUCCCGGCAAAGUCAUAAACUACAUUCACAAGUUCCAUCUCUUCGGAUCAGAAAAGACUAAGUACCUACUUCCUCCAAACAACAACUUGCCUCUCCUCACUCCGUCUCCGACAGACAUCACUAUGGGGUCUCCCAGUCCCACUAAUUGUAUGUAUAUCUGCAAUAACAAUCUCUUUUCGAGACGUGAGCCUUCUCCAGAUAUCACGAAGGCUAAUUUAUUGAACAGCUUGAAACACCCCGGCCAGGCAGUGAAAAUAAUCACAGAGAGCUCCGGGGAACACAAAAUUAUAAGAGACGACGGCAGGGACCCAGAGGUAGGUAAUAGUGAGGAUGAUUCGCUGAAAACAUCGAAAAGCUAUCCGCAUUUUGAUGAAAUCGAUGCGGUAAGCAACACCACUUGCAACUCUACCAAAACUAACUUGAAAGAGUGUAAGAGUUGUGACGAAAACCUCAUCAAGUUCAUUUUCACCAAGCACGGCAUUCAGGUUAUCAGUGACGUUGAGACGAUUGUUUGAUGGGCGGUUUUUGGAAAUCGAUGUAAAGCUUGUUUUCGCCUCUGAUUUAUUGCCAUUCUUCCAUCAGUGACUUUUGAAUCAGUGGCCAAAUUUUCUCCAGAACUGUACUGAGCACUGUAAUUCCUAUUUAUCU